AUGCAGCAGAUCGCCGUCAAAAUAGCGUCGUUGCUCGGUGAGCCGAUCCCGCUCGUCGAGGGCCGCUGGCUCAAUGUCACUUUCGAAGUUCCCGUUCUUGUCGACGUGGAUGCUCCGCUGACUCCGCCCCUUUUGCUCAUCUACAUCCUCGAAACGUUUCUCAUCUUUUGCGGAAUGUUCUUGAUGGCCUACUUCAAUCAUUUCGUCAACACGAUCGGAGUGAUUCAUCGCAAUCUUCAACUUUUGUUCGUCGUUUCCACAAUUGUCUAUCUUCUCGGCUGUUUCGCUCGCUUUUAUUUGAUUAUGGUGCAGUUUCAGAUUGUCACAGGUGAGGUGUUUGACGAAUAUUUCAAAGAAAAUUGCCGAAUUUGUUCAGACCUGGACACGCCGUACCUUCUGAUCGCGGGCCUCGUCCGACUGGAACACUACGGUCUGAGCCUGAGCGCCGUUUUGGUGAUUACUGUAGAACGUGCGUUUGCCACGUACUACGUGAUGGAUUACGAGUCGAAACCCAGGAAAUGGGUGGCCGUUUUGUGCGUCUGCGUCGGUCUCGUCUACACGCAGUUCUUUGUGAUUCCCAUUUGUUUUUGUGAGAAAUAUUUCCGAUCGUGUCAAAUGUUUCAUGACAAUUUCAAUUUCAGACAAAGCACCCCUCUACUACAUCAUCCUUUUCGCCUCUGUUUGGACGGUGCUCUCGAAAAUUGUGCUCUUCGGUCUUCUUCGUUUCAAUGUUCGACAGUUGAAACGAUUGUCGUGGAAGGCGGAAAACUUACGGAAGUUGAACAACGUGAAUUACACUCUGAGCAAGAAGUUUCAGGUGGAAGAAAAUGUGAAGGUUAUAAGGGUAGGUCAGUUUAAAGACGAUGUAACUCAGCUGCCGGUUGAGAUAUCAACAAGUUGUCAACUGAUAAAAUGAGCACAAUUUCUUAAUGAAUAAUUUAUCAGUUGACAACUUUUUGAUAUUUCCAUCGGCAACAGAGAUAUAUCGUCUGGAAUAGACUAUGGUUUUAAUAGUCCCUCCAUCAAUCUUUCGCUUUCAGUUACUUCAAGCGAUGAGCCUAAUGCUGGUAUUUUUGAUAUUCUUCGUCAUAAUCUUCAUCGUAGUGCCACGUGUCUAUCUGGGAACCGGUACCUAUGCGGGUCAACUUAUGAUCUCACUUUUCGAUAUAAAUUUGGCUCUCGGAGCAAUUCUCAUUCCCGCCAUUUGCAUUUGGCAGUUGCGGAAGACCAAGGAAAUGCCAUUCACAGUUGGGUUUUCAUAGUGAUCCACGUUUACAAUAUUCCGUUUCAGCAAAAACUCUAUUGCAUUAAUAAGCGACGAGAGGAUCGGCAAGUGAAUCCCAUAACAGUCUUCGAGGACGCCACCAACACUUACUUCGAGCAAUUUCACACUUCAUGGCGAUAA